AGUGUUACUUUUCAGAAUCAGUAACUUUAACGCGAUAACUAGUUACUUUUUGAGAAAGAAAAACUGUAACUGCAACUAGCUACUUCUAUAAAGUAACUUUUCCAAUCCUCGAUAAAGUACAUACAUUACAUAUGAGUUUAAUGUUUUUCUUCUUUUCCGAUGCAUCACGUAGACUAUCUUUUAUAAUGGAACGCGGUACCAAGUCCUGAAAGCAAUGCAUCUAUUAGAUCUCUUUCUGUCUUCCUUGGAAUGAAUUUCUAUUCCUAUUGAGACAAAAUACGAUAUUUUUAAAUUCCAAAUUCGCUGAUGAUAAAUACAGUCGUUCUUCAGUUUCACUUCGAUUUGUUUUAUUUCCAGCACAAUAGUUUUUACGUGAUUCAAUUGCGAGGACGAAGCCACGCUUGUCGAUGCAAGUCGAUAAAGCUCUUGAAAUAGUAUGUAUAUUUUGCAUAAUUUAAAAGACAAGCGGCGGAGAUAGGAGAGACGAUAUCCAGCAUAGCAUAUUAACUCAAAAACAACCAACUACCGAAAUUGUGUCAAUAGGUCACGCGUGGAAGAUCUCUGGAACGGCAGCAGCUGCACACCCACUACGUGUCUUGCUUAAAAAUUCUCCAAUACUACUUAAAGCACAUCUUCGUCGAUCAAAGAAACAUUCUAUCGUUAAAUAAAGCAUGUACAAUUUACAUACAAAUUGCAAUACGAUAAAUGUCAUAAACUAUGUUCAAAACCCAAUCGUAUUUCCCGAAAUAAAUAGCAAGCGUACGGAAUCUCUGGAUGAUUUGCGUUAUAAAUCAUUCGUUGUAAAUUUAACAAAAUAGUAGAAAAAGUAGGAAAAAUUGAGAACGAUCUCCGGGAUGCGAUAACGCAAGCGAGUUUUUCGAUCCAUGUCGUAAGUAGUGACGAGGGAUUGAAUUAAUUAGUAAAGAGAGCGAGAUAGGAGCAUCUGCGACAGGCUGCGAGAUCGCGCGCGAUGAGGUUGCCUCCUGACCGCCCGAGUGAUGGGAUCGAUGCGGUUGCCGUGGCGACGGGACCGUCAGAGAGGCCGAAUCGCGUGCGGAUGACGGCUGCUGCUGCCGGCGAGCGGGCGGGCGGGAGGACGGGUGGACGGGGUCUCAGCGGCGCGCACGACGAUCACGACGAUGCAGUGGCGACGUCGCCGCCGUUGAGGGCUCGCGUCUCGCGUACGGCUCUGGGAAGUCUCGGAGGCGCGAGGACGCCUCGUAUCGCCUCGUCCGCUGGUCGGACCGAAUCCUCUUCCCCGAGGCAGCGGGCACCGCGCGUUCGCCGUUGCACGACGCCGUUCCGGGACGACGAGCUACCGCGCCAUGCGGCGACGGUGUCGAGCUUGCCGCACCAGCAGGACACCGACACGACGACGACGACGUACGGAGAGCGCCGUCAGGACGACGAGAAGAGGAUGCCUGGAGGAGGCGGCACCGAGACGACGACGCCGCAGCCGCCGCGUCUGGAGGAGACGCCGGCCAAGCUCCUGCUGCUGCGACGAUGGAGCGACAUGCCGCUGCAUCUCCAAUUCAAUCCGCACAUCCUCACCGGCUACAGGCCGCUCAUGACUAUCCGCCAGUGCCUCGGUAGCCUUUUCUACAUCCACAAUGAGACCGUCAACAUCCUGACGCAUGGAUUCGCUAUCCUGUACAUGUUGGUGACUGUACCACAUCUUCUCCCAUGGAAUACAAAAGGGACACUCGUGGAUGUUCUGUCCUGGUGUCACUUGAUCGGCGCUGUUAGUCCGUGGAUUGGAUCCUUCCUGUACCACCUCUUCAUGAACGUAAAUUACGACGAAGUUUUCUACAGAACACUGCUGAAAGUCGACAUGAUCGGCAUAUGGCUGUGCCAGAGUUUCGGAGCUAUACCGAUGAUGGCAGCCGCUGUUCAUUGCCUUGCUGAUAUCAUCUGGUAUUGCUGCAUUUUUAUUUAUUGCUUCCUCAGUAUUUGGGGACUUAUAAAGGCAAUGACUGCGAGGUCACCGUGGGAAAGGCGUUUAUGUUUUGCCCCUCCUUUUCUAAUGAGAAUGCUGGUCAUGACGUUGAGGUGUUUCGGCAUUGGUGGUGGAUCACCCGAGGCUCUUAUUCAUAUAAUAUUACAGGAUCUCAUAGCUGUGAUAGGUGCAACCAUUGGCGCUCUACGCAUUCCAGAAAAGUGGCUCCCCGGCAAAUUGGAUUUAAUGCUAAAUUCCCAUAAUGUCAUGCAUGUAAUGGUCGUCCUAGCGGUAUGUUCCAUGCACACCGCAACCUUGAAGGACCUCGCCUGGAUAUCCGAUCCGUCUACGUGCAAUAAAACAAGUUCUCUUCCUUCGGGUCGCGAAGAAUUGUGAUUGAAUCAUGAAGAACGCGACAGCUUGCUGCAGUCUGUGAUAAACCGAGCCUAUAACAACUGGCGAAAAGUCGAGCGCUUCGACACUUGGAGACCAGAAAGUGCUGAAUACUAUAAUAGAUAAAUUUAAGGAUAUUAAAAAAAAAAAAUAUAUAUAUAUAUAUAUAUAUAUAUACACAUUAUAUAUAUAUAAAACACAGAGUUUAAUAUAAAGUUACUUGAUUUAUGUGAUCAUUGCGGGACGGUUUAGGUACAAUCAUAGUGUAAGAAUACAAAGUGAAAUACUUAUCUCUGCGCAUAAUGGCGGCCGACGUAUCAAAAAACCAAUCAAAUAUUUGCCCCCAAAAGCCAUCAUCAAUUCAGGCUCACCUAUCAGUGCAAUUAACCUAAUUAAAGCCUUUGGGACAAACAUCUGGUUGGUCAAAGUCCCCUCCACCAUUACUUUGGACGACUGCGCAUCCAUGUGAGCGUGUCACCUUGUAUUUUUACACCAUGGGUACAAUCAUGAGUACAAAGUACAUACGGUUACUUAUCAUAUCGAAUGUUUAACGGGAUAUUUGUGCAGUUUUUCUGCAAACACACAAAUAUGUAAAGUAGAAUUGACGGAAACCGACGGGUAUGAUGCGAGAAAGAAGCAAGUUUAUUUUAUCUGAUUUGUUGAAAAAAUAAAUAUAAAUAUAUUAUUUCAAAAUUUACUUUCAAUAACAUAAAUGAGAAAAAUAUCGUAUUAUAUAUCUUUUUUAUUUUGAUGAAAUCGAUACAUUUAUAUGAUCAAUCUUGUGAUCGUACAUUCUUUUUUUUUAUUAAAUCUAGUGAGGAUUUUAAUUUAAAACUUUUUAAUUGAUUGAGUACUUUAAUUGAUUGAGUAUUCCACAGUCUUUUAAGCCUUUCCUUUAAAAUUCUUUCAGUAAAAUUCUUUCAUGUAACGAUUUGUAUUUCUUAUGAUUAAAUUGUAUUGUUGUCAAAGAAUCUAAUGAAACAUCUAUAUCUCUUCUCUAGAAAAAAAAAA